AGUUUCAUUAAACAAUGGAUUCUUUUUCCUCAUUCUCUGAUUCUCAUCAGAAUUCCCUGAUUUGAGUACCAAUAUUGCUUAAGGCAAAGCUUCAACGUUAUGCCCUGCUCCAAAUGGAAUCAAUCUUGAAACCAUUAAUCUUUCCAACAUCACCUAUAGUACUAUUAAUUCUGAUAUCCAUUUUUCUACCUCUUGUUAGUUCUAAUUCAGACUACAGCUCCUUAGUAUACAGCAAAUGUGCAAACCAAACGUACACAGCAGCUUCCACCGAGUCUCACUCGCAAGUCCUUUCUUCUCUUUUUCAAGACCUGUUAGCACAAUCAUCUCAUUCAAAGUUCUACAGAACUACUUCAGGCGAUGAGAAAAUUGGCAUCUCCGGUCUCUUUCAAUGCAGAGGUGAUCUUGGCAGCGACGAUUGCUACAACUGUGUAAGCACACUUCCCGAGAUGUCGACUAGCAAAUGUAAGCAAGCUGUAGCAGCUAGAGUUCAGCUUAAUGGAUGCUACUUCUACUAUGAAACUGAUGGGUUUCUAGAUGAGACGCCUAAACAUGAACUUCUUCAUGAAUCCUGCAGUGAAAAGAAGGCGGUGGACAGUAGUUUUGUAGAGGUAAGGGAUGCAGCUUUUUUGGUAAUGGAGAGCGAAGGGGUGAGUGAAAAAGGGUUUUAUGAAGCGGAUUACGAACACGUGCGUGUCGCUGCACAAUGUGAAGGUGAUUUAGGAGGUUGUGAUUGUAGUGAAUGUGUAAGGUUCGCAAUGGAAAUUGCUCAGGAGGAUUGUGGUAGCUCAGUUUCAGGAAAAGUUUACUUGGACAGUUGCUUUGUGAGCUACAGUAAUAAUCCUGAUGGAACACCAGGCAAAUCAUACCCAGAUGAAGAAGGGAAAAAAAGAGAUAAAACUGGGAAAACAAUAGCAAUUGUCUUGGGAGGAGCAGCAAGUUUGUUUGCUGGAUUUAUGGUUCUCAAAAUCAUAAAAUCUAGGGGCAAAAAAGAUGAAAUAUAGGACUACUGGAAGAAGAAGUUCAAGAACUGCCAUGUACUAAAUUUUCUUGGUUGGUAAGAAGUUGGGCUGCCCAUUGGGUUUAAAGUGGUUGGAAGAUUAACUGAUUUAUUAUAGAGUUCAGUUAAAGGUUGGAGAAGAAUACAUAUACAAAAAAUUUGCAUCUUAAUGUCUCAAGAGAAGCAUAAAUAUUUAAUAUGUGUACACAUAUAUAAUUAUUGAUUUUUUAUUUUUAUUUUUCUUUAAAUUAUUGUAUUUAAUAAAUGAUAAAUUUUCUAAUUAAAUUAA